GUACCACAUGACGAUCUUGGUGAGGCUGUCGUUGCAGUUUGUGUUUUAGCAGAUAAGAAAGCUGAUGCAGAGCAAUUAAAAGCCCAAAUGGCCGAGGAGUUAAGCGUGAAGUUGGCCAACUACAAAAGGCCGAAAGAAGUGAUAUUCGUUGAUUCAUUACCGCGAAAUUCGAUGGGUAAAGUGCAAAAGAAUUUACUGAGGGAGCAAUACAAGCAGUUGUUUCAGUAG